AUGCACGACUCCGUCACCUCGCUGCCCCCCUCAACCAGACACAUCAUCACGCACGAUGCACAAGGAAAAAGCAUCGUUCAUUCCGCUCCGGCAUUGCAAUAUUACGGACUCCCUGGUAUGGGUGGCGCAGCUCGCUCGUACGCAACUCCUUCUACCCCAGCAUCCCUUGAAAACGAGGCAGACAUAAAUGCGUACAUCGCCCCCACUGGCCCCCAAAGUUUCACUACCCGCGACAUCGUUUCCCCAGGCUCAGGAUCGCACUUGAUAGUUUGCGAGUUGGCCCCCGGCCAGGCGAGCCAGAUGCAUCAGACGGUAUCUGUAGAUUACGUGGUGUGUACGCAUGGGCGGUUGAAUAUGCAGACGGGGAGUGGGGAAGUGAUUAAAUUGAGGCCUGGUGACCACGUUGUUCAAAGGGGAACAAUGCAUAAAUGGAUCAAUGGGUCGGAUACGGAGCCUACGCGAUUCAUUGCUGUUACGGUGCCGUGCGAGCCGUUUAAGAUUCCGGGGACUGACAAGAUGCUGCAAGAGGUCCAUGUUGAGGGGAGUGAAGCAAAGGAUUGGGAUGUGAGUCAGUUGUGA